UCUAGAUUUCAGGGGUGGCCACCCCCCAAUAAAACUGUUGGCUCAGGAACAGCCAGUUCCAGUUUUGAAUCCUUCUACCUUGUGAAACUUUUGUGUCGCAUAUGUCCCGUUGAAUCUACCUACCCAGCAGCCCCGGUGGCUCUGCCACUUGCAGUGCAAACACUAGAUUAUGCCGACAAUAACUCCUCCCCCUUGUCUCAAAUCCCCCUUUAUAAUCCCCCAAGGAAAUCUCCCCCGCAGCACAAGGUGGAGUGUGUUUGUGUGUUCAUAUUGGGAGGAGGAGGAGGAGGAGGGAGCCGGCCGAACAGAUUCCUCAUCUCAGUCAGACUGGUGGGAGUGCGUGUUUGUUCCUGUGCAUAAGUGUUUUUGAGGGAGUCAGCUGUGGAAGAGUGCAGUGGAAGUGUCCUUUUUGAGCUCAAAGAGAGACAAACAAAAGCCAAAAGUACCACAAGUAGUUGCUGUACAUCCUCUGCUUGGCUUUCUUGGUGAGGUCCUGGGUAAUGAUGGUACCCAGGAAGUGGAAGGACUCCACAGAGUCAACUGGGGAGUCACACAGGAUGAUGGGGGGCUAUAACGGUUGAUGUUGUAUCACCGCGCACAAUGCCGUCAGAAACCGAGGUGCAUGUGGCGAGGAGCUUUCUCACCAAGAUUUUGCGAAGUUCUAUGAGGAGAAACCGCUUCAGGCAAGGGAAGAAUGAUCCAGGCUCGCGGCCCCAUUCCUGGCACUCCUCCAAGCUGACAGAAGAGGAGUCAGAGCCCGCCAAGAGAGAGGCCACCCCAGCAUCAGUCUGGCAGCCAAAACAUGAAGCAAGGCCCAAAGAGUCAUCCACUCAAGGGGACAGCAAGCAUCAGCUAACCAGCCAGUUGAGCUCAGUGAACAACAUGGAGAGACUGGAACGUCCUUCUCAUCCCUACCCACCAGGUCGUCUUUCACCAACCAAAUACAUCAGCAGCACUGAGCCGCUCUGUGGACCAGGAGGCAGAAAAGACUCCGGGUUGAGCUGUUUCUCCAGUGGCUCCAGCCCUCCUGUUCAUGACUCCAGCACAUCUGGAAGGAAGGGUACCAGCACCGAAAACAUUUUCUUCAAGGGCCUUCAGAGUGAAGGGCCGCAGCAGGCCGAGCGGCCCAGGUACCUGCAGCCAACACUGGGGAACGGAGGCUGGGAGGGGUCAAGGGCCGAAGAACAGCCUGCCUCUCGGGUGUCCAUUUCAGGGAGACCCAGCGUCGGCCCAGUGUGGCAGGUACCAGAGAAAAAGAAGUCCCAGUCUCCUCCUCCCCCACCUCCUCCCUUGCGCAGUGACAGUUUUGCUGCCGCAAAGGUGUUCCCUUACUCUGAAGGGCCUAAUGGUCCAGCAAAGUGCAAAGGAAGGUCAUUUGAAAAACUGACAGAAAAUAAUGAUCUGAAUGGCCUCAGAUCUCACCAGGAGAAAACCUCAGAGGCCAGACACAGCUUCAACCCCAUGGCCACCAAAGACUUCCUCCAUCCCAACAUGGCAGCUGACCACAACCACAACCAGCUGCACCCCAACAAACUCUUCUCCCUGUCCAGCAAUGAUGUCAGACAGUCUCAUUACACCCAACUACCUGCCCACCAGAGGCAAUACAGUGAUGAAAGCCCCCUCUACCUGCAAGCCAGGUCAGCUCCUCCCACCAAGAUACAGAGUGUGGGAAGCUACUAUCGCAGCCUUCAGGAUCUGCCCACAAACACCUUCAGCCGCAAACAGGUCCGGCACUCCACAACGUCUGUGGCAAGUUCUGUCGCAAACCCAAACCUGGAUAAUGAGGGUAACAACAGAUACUAUGGCCUGGCAAGCAAGCAUUCGGUUCAGAAUACUGAGCUUCAGGCCAGGCAGGGCAAAGCAGAGGGACGGAGGGGGGAAACAGAGAAACUCCACUGGGUAAACAGCAAUGACCCAAGUUCCUUGAAGACCAACAUUAAGGCAAAGUACUUCCUACCUCAGUUCCAGAUGCCUCACAGUGAAAAUAAGGAACGCAAUAGCCAGUCCCAUCUGGGGAAUGGUCUACAUCAUGACAACCAAACCUCUGAACUUUCUGUUCGAAGCUGCAGCCCAGAGGAAACUGCAAAGAGAGGGGAAGGACACUCUAAUGACAUGAAAAGACACUUCCUAACACAUCAAAGUAAUGAUCAUAAGGUCAGUCUCGCACGGCACCAAGACCCAUGGGUGCCUCAAGAAGAUCACAGGAUAUCCCCCCUGAAAACCCCACUUCUCCACUCCCUGGCCCAGGAGAGUAGGACCCUGUCUGAGAGGCAACCAGCAACUAUGACAACGGGUGUCAUGUCGACCCAGGAGGCCAGUGACAUAAUGUCUGCCGGCAGCGGAAAAUCAAAUCGGCGUAGCGACCGUUAUGCUACCUCCCUCCGCAAUGAGAUCCAGCAGAAGAGAGCCCAGCUGCAAAAGAGCCGCAGUGCUGCAACCCUGACAUGUGAGGCAGAAGAUGAGGAAGCAGAGGAGUGGAGAUCUACAAAGACUUCUACGUCUUCUGGUGGAUCCUUCUCCAACACCUACAAGGACCACCUGAAAGAGGCGCAGGCAAGGGUCCUCCAGGCCACCUCCUUCCAAAGACGAGACCUUGAGCCUCUUGGGCCAGAGGCGCCAGUAGUUAAAACCUCCAAUGGACGCAUUAGAGGUCGUAAGCGCUUCCCCCUGGCCAAGAGGACACACUCCUUCUCAGAGCCUGACAAGAUAGAUAAAGUGGGAGUGGAGGGAGAACCUCAGACAGGGUCUUUCGGAGAGCGGAGGAAGUUCUUUGAAGCCAAACCGGCAUUUUCCAGGCCUGUGCGGAAGUCCAGUCAGGGUAAAAAUUUUAAUGCAGACCUUGGUGAGACAGACAAACCCAAAGAGAGAACUCCCACUGGAGAUGCUGAGGAGGCUCACCCAUCCGCAGACCCCAACGACCUUAGCCAUGGACAUAAGCAGGUCUUACUAGAGCAGCAGAGGCUUGGGACCUUCGCUGAGUACCAGGCCACGUGGAACAAACAGAAGAAGUCAUCAGAGGCCAAGGCGCAGGGGAGGUAUCACUCAGCGGAGAACAUCUUGGAUGCAGAUGCUGAGGAGAAGGCUGUGUGCAUCCACGAAAGAUCCCGAUCUUCUCCCUCUGCAGACUUUUAUACACAGAACAUUCCUUCCCCAUGGAGAGACCCUCACAGCCAGCAGAGCAGUUACACCACCAGAAGAAAAACUGAGAGCAGGCUGCGAUACCAGCCCGACCACAGCCCACAGCCGGCCCCGUCAGUCCCCAGAAACGAGGCCCCACUCCCAGGCCUCACCGACCACAGGACCAAACCAGACUCUGCCAAUCCCUCCCACACCACACACUCCUUGGGCCCUCGCAGCCUCAGCCCUAACCCUGGCUCCCAGCUUCCACAAACCAAGGGCCUCCUGCCGCCGCCCAGGCCCCAUUUAGGCCCAGAAACCACAUCCUCCUCCCAGGAAUUCCUCGCUGGCGCCCAGGCAAACCCGGCAGUGCUCCAGCCUCUGUCCAGCUGUAGCUCUGACACCCAGCACCAGGCACAGAACUCCUCCGCCAGCCCGGCCCCAGCCCCGGCCAGCUCCCCUCACCUCAGCAGGACGUCCGGAGCGGACACGAGCGGAGGAGGUGUAGAAAACGAGGAGGAAAAGGAUCAACUGCAGCCACCUUCUUCUUCAUCCCUGUUCUCCUCCUGGACAGGCGCUUUGUCUCUUCCCACAGAUCGGGCACGCUCUCCCUCGCCACAGUUUGCACCACUGAGACUGACAGACAAACCACCGGCAGUGUUCAUGCCGGAUGACUCACCGCUCAGGUCCGAAAAUGAUCUGAAGCUCCUGGCAGUGAUGGAUGUGAACAGUCCGGCGAGGAAGGUCCCCGUGCGGAUCGUCCACGCUGAGAGCAGCACGGAGCGCGAGGGCAGGGCCUACCUGUCUCAGAGUGGCGACACCUGCAGUGUCCUGGAACCGCUGCCCUGCAUCCCCUCCCUGAGCGCCACGGAGCGCCCAGCCUCGUCCCUGUUCAGCGCCUACACCCGCCAGGCUGAUCAGGACCAGGAGUCGGUCCCUGAGUCAAACUCGACGGGUGCUCGGUGCUCAGAGGAAGACGCCAAGCGAGAGGAGCUGGCCAGGGACAUCAUGGGUAAAGACAAGUCUCUGGUGGACAUCUUGGACCAGAGUGGCAGGAUGACCACGAUGGACCUAAUGGAGGGACUCUUCCCCACGGAGGAGCAGAUCCUGGAGGGGGCCCUCCAGCGCAGGAGGGCCUCCUCCGGCUCCAGGCUGCCCACCUUAUCCCCCAGGAGCAUGGACAGGAGGGAGGAGGAGGACGUGUCCAUAUCAGCAGCAGCCUCCCUGGUCCCCAGCUCCUCCUACUAUAACACAUCGGCUCCCAAGGCAGAGCUCCUCAUCAAGAUGAAGGACAUGCAGGAGCAGCUGCAGGAGCAGGACUCCGAGGACGAGCUGGACGUCGACCUCGCCAGUAAAAAGCAAGAGCUGAUCUCCAGCCUGGCGGGGAAGCUGGAGGUGCUGCGGGAGGCCCGGCACAGCCUGCAGGAGGACGUGGAGGACAACGAGGCCCUGGGCCACGAGGUGGAGGCCACCGUGCAGCGCCUCUGUCAACCCAACCAACUCGACAAGUUCCGCAUGUUUGUGGGCGACCUGGACAAGGUGGUGAGCUUGCUGCUGUCGCUGUCGGGGCGGCUCGCCCGGGUGGAGAACGCCCUCAACAGCCUGGAGGAAGAGACCCCGCCAGAGGAGAAGAGAACACUGACGGAGAAGCGCAAGCUGCUGAUGCGGCAGCACGAGGAUGCCAAGGAGCUGAAGGAGAACCUGGACCGUCGGGAGCGGCUGGUUACUGGCAUCAUGGAGGCCCACCUGGACGCAGAGAGCCUGGAUGACUACCGGCACUUUGUGAAGAUGAAGUCGGCCCUCAUCAUCGAGCAGCGGAAACUAGAGGACAAGAUCAAGCUGGGCGAGGAGCAGCUAAAGUGCCUGAUGGACAGUCUGCCGCUGGAGCAGAGACCGCUGUUCUGACGCUGUGCACCGCAAGAAGAAUCUGGUUUUGCAGGAGAAAUACUGGAUCAGGAAUUUGGGGGACAAUUUCUACGUUGGAGGGUGCUACGUCUCAGUUCAUGGUCGAGACCAUUUCAAGCCUCUGUUUCAUGCCAGUUGUAUUGUUAUUGUUUCUCAAAAUGAACAUUUCCCAUCUGGUCCUUCUCACCAAAGAACUAAGGAGCCUUAGGAACUAAAUUAGGAACUGAGAUUAGUCAAUUAGACGGAUAAUUUAACCAUUUUUUUUCUUUCCGACUUGUUCCAUUGGUGUCGCCAAAUAUUCUAGUUGGUCUUAACUGAGUCCAGAAAUCUAUAUUUCCCUAACACCAUUGAUGAAGCACGCUUGUUCAGAAAACGAACAUGCAUCCCAGUUUUUUUGGUUUUUCCAUCUGUUAGUAUCCCAAACUCAACUUAUUGGGACUUUUAAUUUUGUUUCUUGAAAAACUGGUCACGAUUAACACGCGUGACUUUAGGUUGAACGUUACGUCUGCAGAAACGUCUGAAAAGUGUCGAUACUGAAACGCUGAUUUUAGAUAUUUAAUUGAGCCUUGUAUGAAUUUGCACUUCAGCGUCCCCUUGAGGCGAAGAUGGGAAAGUGAAGCGAAACACACAAACAUUUGGUUGUCUCUUCAUCUUACAGUGUUUCCAGUGUCCCGUUGUUAUUUGUGUUUCUGAAUUGUUGUAUUUAAGCUGCAUCAUGAGCUCGCUCUCCCUUUGUGAUUAAUCCUCAUUAAGAGUUUCUAAGUAAUAUUUCCUAGUAAUUUAUUGUAGCCUUUUUGAGAACUUCUCUGGAGAACGGGGGAAAUGUUUCCUCAGUAAUUUAUUUUGACUCAUGACGUACUUUUUGUUUUCUAAUUAAAUUAAAUUAAGAGUUUGAUUCCAAAAUGCUAUAAAUCUGUUUUAGGGUUACAAUCCAGUUCUUUAAAAAGUGUUAAGUUAUCUUUCUUGCUUUUACAACACACCAUCGUUUCCUCUGUGUCCUGUAUUAUUCCAUAAGGGUAGAUGUCACUUUUACAUCUCAUUUUGGAGUGAAACUCUUUAUUAAUGCUAGAAUAAGAGGUGAAUCUGAUCAUUUCAUUCUCAUAAAGACAAUGCUGACUUGUUCCAGCAAUACAGAUGUUGUUCCUACUUGUUUUCUAUACGAUAAGACACUAUUAAUAUUCCUUGGAUUGUUUUGUGUCCUGUAACCUUACAGGUUUUCAUUCACACUCCUGACUCAUGUACCUUUUCUACGUUCUCACAGUAAAAUGACUGAGGCACAGCUCGGGUUUCUGAACAGGUUAAUCUAAAAGUUAGCACUUUAAUCUUUGGUUUGGCGCAUUCAGGGGACUCUCUACAUAAUAUAUUUAUUUGAAGACGUGCCUACUGUAACCUCCCACCACUGUGAACCUCAUGGACUGACGUGGGCGUACCCCUGGGUACUGUGUUCAGCCCAUGCACACUUUAUGUAUGCAGUGCACUCUUUCACCAACUUUCAAAGCAAUAAAAUGAUCAAAAUUA